ACCUUUAGCAUUGUUUUGACAUUUGUGUUUUUUAGGAUUAAAUACCUUUAGAAACUAAUUGCAUAAGUGUAUAUUUUUAACUGUAGAUUGAUAAUUCACUUACACCAAUGUGUGGGCCACGGUUUCGCGACUUUUGCGCCGUGCGAAGUGUGGAAUUAGACAGAGAUUGGUACACUUAAACGUUUUUUUCCUCGUAUGUACUUAGAACCAACAACAAAAACAAAUCAAAAUACAGCAAUGCCCGAACAUUUCAUAAAUGUUAAACAAAGCGAAAUGCAACAACAACAACAACAACCGCCGCCACCACCUGGGUUAAUGUACGAUCAAGGGAAGAUUGUCGAUUAUACACGUUUUGGGUCCAGUUCGAACAUCUCGAACGCUAACAGUGAUAUUUGUCGGAUAUGCCAUUGCGAGGCCGACAGUGGAAAUCCUUUAUUAUCGCCGUGUUAUUGUGCUGGUAGUCUUAAAUAUGUCCAUCAAGCUUGUCUCCAACAGUGGUUAGCUGCUUCCGAUACCAGGUCUUGUGAAUUGUGUAAAUUUAAUUUUAUUUUACAUACGAAAAUAAAACCAAUUGCAGAAUGGAGGAGACUUGAGAUGACUGGAGUUGAAAAACGUAGAUUACUCUGUGCCAUCUUAUUUCAUUUUGUAGCAGCUGUUUGUGUUAUUUGGUCUCUUUUUGUACUUAUAGACAGAGCUGCAGAAGAAGUUCAAAAAGGUGUAAUAGCUUGGCCUUUUUGGACGAAAUUAGUAGUAGUGGGUGUUGGUUUUACAGGAGGAGCUGUAUUUAUGUAUAUACAAUGCAGACAGUACUUACAAUUAUUUUCAAGGUGGAAAGCUCAUAAUAGAAUUAUUUUGGUACAAAACGCUCCAGAGAAAGUCAUAUCUCCGCCAUCGCCAAAUUUUAACGUUACCAUUCAUCCAAAUCGCGUUGAACCUUCUUCACAAGUUAUUGCAAACGUUGAAUGCAACGUACCGCCACCGAGAGUUAGCAAUCCGGUUGAAUCGAGUUACAUGUUUGAUGGUGGCUCAAAAAUGUACGUUCAAACGAUUAGUUCAAAUUCGAGUUUAAGCAACUCGGAUAGUAGCAAGAGGUCCUCUAAAAAAUCCGGACUGUUUGUUAAAGACAAAAUGGAUUCGGUUAGUAUAGGUCGAAAUUCGUGUGAUGCACUCGAAUUAAACAUACAGGAAAUUUUGGCUCUCGACAUUGAGUACAGCAAAAGGCACUCGUCCGUGUCGGGUUUAGCUCAUUGUUCGAAAGAUAUCGAAAAAAUUAAGAAUAAAGGGGUGUUCAAGUCGUUGCCUAAUUUAAGUGCCAGCAGUGAAAACUUAUUAGUAUAAGUAAUAUCUACAUAACAACAUGGUCUUCAUUAAAUAUUUCUUAUUAAAUGUUAUAUUCAUUGUGAUUUAUUUAUUUUAUGUUUCUAUUUGUAUAAUUAUAUGCUUUGUUGUGUUUAUUAAUGUACUGAGUAUUAAUUUAGUGAUGUUUUAAAAUUUAUCAAUAAAUAAUUUUGUUAUAAAUC